UGUGUGUGUGCACAGACAGAGCCUCCUCUCAACACUCCAGAGAACAGAGAGUAUCUGGCAGAGAUCAUGUUCGAGACCUUCAACAUACCUGGACUCUACAUCGCAGUACAGGCCGUCUUGGCGUUGGCGGCGUCCUGGACGUCUCGACAGGUCGGACAGAGAACUCUGACCGGCAUCGUCAUCGACAGCGGAGACGGCGUCACACACGCCAUCCCUGUGGCUGAGGGCUACGUGAUUGGCAGCUGUAUAAAGCACAUCCCCAUCGCGGGGCGGGACAUCACCUUCUUCAUCCAACAGCUGCUCAGAGACAGAGAGGUGGGGAUUCCUCCAGAGCAGUCACUGGAGACUGCCAAGGCUGUCAAGGUACCUCCUUCUUCU